UUCGUUUUCUCUUCUCUUCCUUGGCCAUGCCUCCGCCAUAGCCACCUCCCAUUCUUCAAAUUAUCCCUCUCUUAGAGAAGCUUCAGCUGAAGCUGUUCACGCUACUUGCUUGUCACGUGGCUUUCUUCUGUGAUCAGCUUUGUUGUGUUUUUUUAUUUCCAUCUCUUUUGAGCUUUUCUCGAGGUGUGAAAGUGCCGCUAGGGCUUCUGAUGGCUUGUUGCUUGGUUUGAUUGGGAAUCGUUGAAUUCAUGCGUGGUUGGUGGCGGUGCUAGUGGCGUUAGGGUUUCGACAGUGAAGAGCAUUGAGUGAGGGAGCGAGAUGGGACAGGGGCAGUCGGGAGGGUUGCCCAAGCAAGGGCCUGGUGGAGACCGCAACAAAGGAAAUGGCGAGAAGAAGGAGAAGAAAUAUGAUCCUCCGGCGCCACCGACGCGCGUGGGACGCAAGCAGCGCAAGCAGAAAGGCUCUGAGGCUGCCGCGCGGUUGCCCGUUGUGACGCCUGCUACGAAGUGUAAGCUACGGUUGCUGAAGCUGGAUCGUGUGAAGGAUUACUUGUUGAUGGAGGAAGAGUUUGUGACGAAUCAGGAGCGGCUGAAGCCCCAGGAGGACAAGAACGAGGAGGAUCGGUCCAAGGUGGAUGAUCUUCGGGGGUCUCCUAUGAGCGUGGGCAACUUGGAGGAAAUUAUUGACGAAAAUCACGCAAUCGUUUCGUCUUCCGUGGGGCCCGAGUAUUAUGUGAACAUUUUGUCGUUCGUGGACAAGGAUCAGCUCGAGCCCGGUUGCGCAAUCCUCAUGCACAAUAAGGUCUUAUCAGUGGUGGGGUUACUGCAAGAUGAUGUGGACCCUAUGGUAUCUGUAAUGAAGGUAGAGAAGGCUCCACUAGAGUCUUAUGCUGAUAUAGGUGGAUUAGAUCCUCAGAUUCAGGAGAUUAAAGAAGCAGUUGAGUUGCCGUUGACACAUCCGGAGCUGUAUGAAGACAUUGGUAUCAAGCCCCCCAAGGGAGUUAUUUUGUAUGGUGAACCCGGCACUGGGAAAACUCUUCUUGCUAAGGCUGUUGCAAAUUCCACGUCUGCCACAUUUCUUCGUGUUGUAGGAAGUGAGCUGAUACAGAAGUAUCUAGGAGAUGGACCGAAGUUGGUGCGAGAGCUAUUUCGGGUGGCUGAUGAACUGUCUCCUACCAUUGUUUUUAUCGAUGAAAUUGAUGCUGUCGGUACAAAAAGAUAUGAUGCCCAUUCCGGUGGAGAGCGAGAAAUUCAAAGGACUAUGUUGGAGUUGCUGAAUCAGUUGGAUGGUUUUGAUGCUCGUGGUGAUGUUAAGGUUAUAUUGGCUACUAAUCGAAUUGAAAGCUUAGAUCCGGCCCUGCUUCGGCCUGGUAGAAUCGAUCGCAAGAUCGAGUUUCCAUUGCCUGAUAUUAAAACCAAGAGAAGAAUUUUUCAGAUACAUACUUCUAGAAUGACAAUGGCUGAUGAUGUCAACUUGGAGGAAUUCGUGAUGACCAAGGAUGAAUUCUCUGGUGCUGACAUUAAAGCUAUCUGCACGGAAGCUGGUCUUCUUGCAUUAAGGGAGCGCCGUAUGAAGGUGACUCAAGCGGACUUCAAGAAGGCUAAGGACAAAGUGAUGUACAAGAAGAAGGAAGGUGUACCCGAGGGGUUAUAUAUGUAGAAUACUCAGUCAAGUGGUAUUCGUGUAUAUUUGCCUUCAUGAUAUUAGGUUCAAUGAUAUACUGGCUGGAAUCUGUCUCUUAAUUGAAAUACUGACUCCUUGCGUAUCAUUUGACGAUUCAAACUAUCAAAAUGCCUGCGGUGAGAAGGAAUUGCAAUUCGUCAGUUUCUUUUGUAUUUUUUCUUUUAAACAGUUAAAUGUUGUAUUUUCGUUCUGACA